UAACCUUUUAUCCUGGAGUUGCUGCAAGAUUUAAUGGCUUUCUCACAACAAAAUUCUCGAGGAUUAAAAAUGGAUGGAUCAUCCAUUGUUCAUUAUUGUUAGAUCUGCAGAAUAAGAAGAUCCUGGAGGAACUUCAGCUGAAGAAGCAGAUGCUCCUGAAACAAGGGGUUGCACCCAGCCUCUCCAGCUCCAUCAAUCUGCCCUCCACAUCAUCAGGACCAAAUCCAUCCACGUCAGCGUCAGGGGACGGUUCUAUGACAGCUGUUCAGAGGAAUGCCCUAAACAGCGCCCACGCAGCAUCUUUCGGUUAUUUCGUCACCCAGGACUCCUCCUUCGGGAAUUUGAUUCUGCCAGUGCUCCCCAGAUUCGACACCAAGUGAAAAUAGCCCCGACACCCCAUAAAAAAUCUCCAGGAAAAAUUCCAGAAGCUCCAGACCUUGAACUUUCACCUGGAACACCAGUUUUGUCUUCAACAAGAUCGAUGGCUUCCACCCGGUUGAAGAAGAUCGAGGAGUACCUCCAGCAGCUGGAGGAGUUCAAGAAACCGAAGGCGCGGCUGGAGCAGUACUCGACGAAUCCUCACAUUGCUGCACACCUGUUAUACAAGGCUCACACCGAAUUCAAUGACAUCAAGGGCAAGGGAAUCGCAGACCUGGGGGCAGGAUGUGGGGUGCUGUCCCUAGGGGCCCGAAUGCUCGAGGCUAGCUACGUCGUGGGGUUCGAGAUCGAUCCCGAGGCAAUCGAGAUCCUCUCCAGGAACGCCGAUGACAUCGGAUUACCUGUAGAGACUGUCCAGUGCGAUGUCCUCCAGCUUUUGCCUGGGAAAUUUGAAAAGGCUUUUGACACAGUCAUCAUGAAUCCACCGUUUGGUACGAAGAAUAAUGCUGGGAUUGAUAUGAAGUUCCUGGAGAUAGCCACAAAAUUAGCAGGGAAGACGGUCUACUCUCUUCAUAAGUCAUCAACGAGGCAACACGUAUUGAAGAAGGGCCAGCAGCUGGGGGCCAAGGCUACUGUCAUUGCUAAUGUCCUCUAUAAUCUACCUCAGGUUUACAAUUUCCACAAGAGAGAGUCUGUAGAUAUUUACGUGGACUUCAUCAGGUUCUCUUUCAAUGAUUAAACUCACGAUUAAAUUAUCAAUCGUUAAAAUAGAUUAAAUAAAAUAAUAAUUUCUACGAGGAGAA